UUCAAGGAAAUGAAACGGAAAGUUAAGCAUAGAUGGCCUGAACCAAAUUACGAUAUAAAAAAAAGAUUUCGCGUUAAUUACAUCCUAAUAAAACGUAGGCUAAUACAGUAAAGGUCUAAAAAUGUUUCAGAUAUGAUGGCAUGAAUGUUGUCAUGCACGAUAAAACAGGUUGUCGUUCAUGCACAUGGUUCAUCCCACUCGAACGUUUGAUUAUCCGUCAUUGAGCUGCGGAGUGAUCAGGAGACAUUUUCGGAAAAUGAAGUGUAUUCGAUGUCACACGCUUUGUGAGGAGGGACAGCGGUUUUGCUUGACAUGUAAAGCAAUCGUCGAGGAAGAGGGAGAGCCAUGCAGUCUAAAAGAUGUGACCUUUGACCGGGUUCGGAGUGGAGCGACUGAAGACACCCUGCCAAUGGAUAGCUCCUCAGAUGAAGAGGACUUUCAAGAUGCAAGUGAUCUAUUCCUUGACUUCUAUCUUGGGAAAGAUGAGGACACAUCUCAGAGAGUACAAGCUGACAGUCUGGAGACAGAGCCAUCUCAACAGAUGGAUGCUGCUGUAGCAGAGCUCUCCUCCCACGGAGAGAUAACAGUUCAUUAUGUUGGCAGUGACUCUGUUUCUCUGAGCUGGCGCCCUUCUGACCCAGCACGGCGGUACGAGUUGACCUACUCCUGCAACACCCAGAGAGAGAUCCGUUCCUUCCAAGGGUCCAACAGCGCUGAUGUGGAAGGCCUUUUUCCAGGGACGGAGUACACAUUCAGCGUCACAUCGGUCACAGAAGAUGGGAAUCUGAGCCCGGUGAUCACAAUGUCCAUGUAUACAAAACCUCUGCCACCUGAAAAAGUAAAGAUUGACCAAGUCAGCAGUGAAUCAGUGUCUCUGGGUUGGGACAAACCGAUUGGUGUCACUGAGGCAUGUCUCGUGACCUGUUCCUGUGAUGGGGAGGAAGUCCAGAAGAUAACAACGGAGUCCAACACCCUGACGUUCUCCAGUCUGAGUCCAGGUGUCAAGUACUCCUUUCACGUCUCUACGGUGCUGAAGAACGGGACCCAAAGCAAGUCGGUGGUGACAUAUGGCCGCACAAAAACCCACCUGGAGAGUUUGCUGCUGGACCUGGGGUUGGAGCAACACUACACAGAGAAGCUGGACCUUAGCACCGUGCUGCAGAUUGAUGAGAAGACUGUCACCGAUGAACCUGCUCAGACUCUCUCAGCCCUGCCAUGGAUUUUCCUAAAGAGGUUGAUGAUGGUGAAUGUGACUGCUAGGAGUGUGAAAUGUACCUCAUUAGAAGGCGAGGCAAGUUGUGAUGCUUCAUUUUGCAACAUAGAUCUAGAUCUGGAGAGUCUGGUUGAUAACCUGGACUCUAGUAAUGUUGUAAACCCCUUGGACAUUGUGACUGCUCUCUUUCUGUGUUCCAAUGGUUUUCUCCAGCAAGAGAUGGUUUUGAAAAUGUCAAUGUGUCAGUUUUCAGUGCCCCUGCUUCUCCCCAAUUGUGACACAGAAGAGUGUACGCUAAUGCUCUGGGCCAUGAGAGACAUUGUCAAGAAGUUCAGACCUCAUUCAUUGGCAGAUUCCAGAGGAUUUGUUGAAGACAGGAUUGUUCUCUCUGACCUCCCUAUGAUCUCUUUUGUCAGAUUGGGCGAGUGCUCUCUGUCCAAGUCUCAGAUUCUAAACAAGCUGCUGAGUAAUCCUCAACAGUAUCACGACACGUUUGUCCACCACGACAUGGAAUGUGGCGAUAGCCCAAGGAGAAUAUCCAACGGAUUGGUUGAGAUAAACUGGUACCUCCCAAGCGGGAAAAAAAACAUUGAUAUUUUUGGUGAAGCUAUUGCUGUAUCCAAUCUUAGAGGGGACAUCAGUUCUUUUGAAACACAAUAUUCCUUUCUUUGCCAGACCUCUGCAGCUGUCUUUGUGUUCUUUGACAACCUGGACACCAAGUACAAGCUACUGACCAGCCAACACACCAAGGCUCAGCUGUUUCUAGUGGGUAACACACAGAGCAAGAGCUUCAGCAUUGAUGCUUUGAAGAGAACAGCAGCAGAGUUGAACUUGAAAAAAAGCAGCAUCAUUCUGAAGACCAAACAGAUGAAUGAUGCAGACUUUGUGAAGAACCUGCGAAACACAGUUGGUGAGUUGAUUAAGAAUUCAAAGUCCAGAAUGCCAUUGGAGCAGAUGGCUGAAGUGGCGCAUGAGCUUGGAAUACUGGUUGAUGAGGACUACAAAGAUUGUCAGAGUGCCAAGCUAAAUGCUGACGCAAUCACGUCAAAGAUUUAUGACACACCACAGUAUAAGGAAAGUCAGCUUCCCUUGCAAGGACAGAUUUGGAAGGAGCUGGCACGUCUGGAGAAGGAGGAAUGCAGACUGCGGAAAGCUGGGAACCAGAACCUAGAGAUGUACAAAAGUGAACUCCAAACAGACAAGAGACAACUUAGGGAACAGCAAAGGAGAUAUGACAUUUCAGAGGCAAUGACCUGCUUCAUAAAUGCAAUAUCAAGCGCAGGGCUAGAAAGGACCUAUUUCUUGAAAUGGAUGAGAAUGAACCUGGACAAUAUGGCUCGAAAAAACCUUUCUGGCCUUAGAGAGCUGUACAAAGAAAAGUCUCAGAAUUCAUCUGAAAACAAAGAUGAAAUUGCAGACCUUGACAGACAGAUUUCAAACAGUUCUUUGGGAACUGAGCAUUUCCUACGUGAAAUGGGUCAACUGUAUGAAUCUGCAGUCUUACUGGAAGAAGCUGAAGAGUCUAGGCAACAACUGAAGCACCUGCCCAGACUAUGUGCUGAGUUGCUUCUGGAUGGGUUUCCUCUGGAGCUGGUGGAUGGAGACGCAUCGAACAUACCUCUGAGAUGGGUGAGUGAUGUGCUGCAUCAACUCAAUGUCUUGGUGCAACCAAAGAGCAAGAUCCUGGUGGUAACCGUUCUAGGUGUUCAGAGCACGGGAAAGUCCACUCUACUGAACACAAUGUUUGGAGUGCAGUUCGCAGUCAGUAGCGGCAGAUGCACAAGAGGGGCCUUUAUGCUGCUCAUCAAAGUCAAAGACGACUUCAAAAAAGAGCUGAACUGCGACUUCUUAGUGAUCAUCGACACAGAAGGGCUGAAGUCGCCAGAACUGGCACAGCAUGAUGACAGCUACGAGCAUGACAACGAGCUAGCCACACUUGUUGUCGGCCUGAGUGAUGUCACUAUAAUCAAUAUUGCCAUGGAGAACUCGACCGAGAUGAAGGACAUCCUGCAGAUCGUGGUCCACGCUUUUCUCCGGAUGAAAGAGGUGGGAAAGAAACCCAAGUGUCAGUUUGUCCACCAGAACGUGGCAGAUGUCUCGGCACAUGAUAAGAACAUGAGAGACCGGAAAAUGCUGCUGGAGCAGUUAAACGAGAUGACCCAGGCAGCAGCCAGAAUGGAAAACAAGGAGGAGAACAAGAGCUUCACUGAUGUGAUGGAGUACAACCCAGAGACUGGUAACUGGUACAUUCCUGGACUUUGGCACGGAAACCCCCCAAUGGCACCCGUCAACGCCGGUUACAGCGAGUCUGUAUACGAGUUCAAAAAGAACAUGAUCGAGGUCUUCCAGAACUGUGAAGCCUCUGGGAACAGCAUCAUGGACUUUCUGGAGUGGACAAAAAGCCUGUGGAAUGCUGUGAAGUAUGAAAACUUCAUAUUCAGCUUCAGAAACAGCCUGGUGGCUGAUGCCUACAUGAAGCUGUGUGUUGAGUUCAGUAAGUGGGAAUGGUCAUUCAGAAAGCGCAUGCACACAUGGAUGACAAAUGCUGAAACAAGGAUUUCCAACUUCGGAACAAUAGCAAUGAAAUAUCAAACAGAAGACGUGAGGGAUUUUCUCCAUCAUUUGAAAAGUGAAGCCUCAAUAGAACUUGUCCAAUGGGAGAAGAACCUUCUUGACAACCUGACCAAGUACUAUGAACAGGCAGAUGGACAUGUCUACUUGGUGGAGAGAUACAGAGAGGAUUUCGCAAACAGCAUCAAAAGUCUAAAAAGGGAGAUAGAAAACUCUGUUUUGAGUAAACUGGUCGCUGAUGUUGAGAUGCAACAAGGAAUGAACAAGCUUGCCACAAUCAAGAAGAACUACACCGCGGUGAUGGAGGAAAAGGUGCUGAAGUUGGUUGAGAACUGCAGAAAGGACAAACGUCAGAGGCCAGAUCAGGAGCUUGACAGAGAAUUUGAAAAGGUGUGGGAGGAAACUGUGCAGGAGCUCUCUUUUACAGGGUUGAAGAAAAUAGACAUUGUGAGCCAUGUUUUAAGCCAGCUCCGGUCUAACAUGAUGCAGAAGGCAGUGAAUGAAAAGUUGAACAAUGUGAAACUUGAAGAUCAUGGAACAAAACCCUUCAUAGUCUCUCCAGGGGGGUUCUUAAAGAAGUUAGUGAAUAGCAUUUACAUGAAUGAGAACACAAGAAAAACCCAGGCCAUGGCAGACAACCUCAUAGACAAAUGCAAUGAAUUUGUGAGAGAGACUGUUCAAAAUAAGACAAACUACCAUGACACAUACAUUCAAGAGAUCCUGCACAUGAUUGAAGAGAAGUUGGAAGCCAACAAAAAUCUUGGGACAAGCAAUAAAUUUGAACUCUCCAUUAAAUUGUACGUUUGUGGGUUUGCAUCCAGGGCUUUCCAAGCAAUGCAUGAACAGUUCAUAUGUGCAAACAAUCCUCAUUGGUGCCUUGAACAGUUCAAAGGUAAAUACCUGGCAGAUUUCAAAGACUUGUUCAGUGGACAAGAUCAGUGUCAGAAGAAAGCUGCAGAGUUCACCAACCUGUGUCUCAGACCUGCAGUAGAAGCCUGUGUCACCAAUUCUCUGGGUCUAGAAAUUGUUGACGUAAUGCUGACGGGGCAGAAUGCCUUUCAAUUCAGCUCUCGGACAUUUUUCCAGUACUCUAUCCUGAAGCAACUGCUGUCAGCAUUCAACUUUGACAACUAUGUGGGCUACAUUUGUCACUAUGAAGCUUUUGUCAAGAAUUGGAUUUUGAAUGAAAUCUUGAAACACUUUUCACAAGGGAACAAAAUGUUUGAAUUGGAGAAGUAUCAACUCAAUGGGGUUAUCAAAGUAAUCAAUGAGGCAAUCUCAAAGGCACAGACUAAUGAGAACGACAACAUAAAGGAAUUCCUUCAGGACAUAUGCAGAGAACUUGGAGAGAAGCUGGUCAUUCCCCAAGAUGCGUUGGAAGCCACUAUGAUCCUCAACAAUUCCAAACAGGAACAGUUUUCCCACUGGCUCAAAACAUCUGUGGUGGAGAUGGAACAGUCUCUGACAGAAGAAUUUCAAAAGGCAGAGGAUGUGAAACAUAAAUUGAAAAGACAGAAAAUCAAGCCACAGAACGAGCUGUUCACAAGAGUGUUUGGCUGCGGGAAGCAGUGUCCAUUCUGCGGGGCACCAUGUGAGGCGGGAGGGGAGGCCCACAAUGAGCACUGUGCCUCAAUACACAGACCACAGGGACUUGGUCAGUGCAGGUUUAAUGACUCAAUGAAACUCUGCACUGACAUCUGCUCCUCUGCAGUGUUUAGUGAGGGUUCUUUCAAAUGCUACGAGACAAAUGAAGAAUUUCAGCCUUUAAAAAAGUACAGAGAAAUUUUUCCCAACUGGCAUAUCCCGGCAGAUCCCAGCAUGCAGGCCUCAGACUACUGGAAAUAUGUGAUGGCAAAAUUCAACAAGGAAUUUGCCAUACAGUAUGUCUCACACCCUGGAGAUAUCCCCCCUUCCUGGAAACGGAUCACAAAGGAACAGGCAGAAAACAGCCUUAGAGAGUCUUUUAGCAUUCAUUGAGAGCCUCUUCAUCAUCUUGAAGAAGAGUGGCAUCUUGAAGAGUAAUGAAGUGUCAGGCCAUAGUCAAACAAAAUUGUUAGAUUUAAUAGUAAACAAAGAACAUUAAUUAAUAAUACAAGACAUCAGCUUCAUCACUAAGCAGAAGAGUCUGCUGGCUGGAAUGAUAAACUGUCAUACACUUUGCCUCAUUUACUUUGCUGUCCCAGAAAUAAUCAUUUAUUUUAGCAUAUAAUCAAAGUUUAGCAACCAUUGACACUUAAUGAUGUGUUGAUAGUUCUUUUAAAUGUAUAUUUUGAGAAUCUGCAUGGGAAUUAAUGGUCAUAAUUCAAGAGAUGUUUUCUUGUCACAUUUAGUUUUUAUUUGUGCUAGCAUUCACGACAUGUGUUGGUUCUUAUGUGGUGAAUGGGUUCAUUUUGCUGUAACACUGGGUAAAGUCAAGCAUUGUUCUGGCAUUCUUUACUUACAUUUAUUCAGGAAAGUGUUGAAACCAUUGAAUUAGAAAAUUACAUUAUUCUGAGACUAAUACUUCUGAACUCUUCACUCUCCAAAGACACUUUGAUAUGAAAUAUUCUAUUGUGUGUUUUUCUCCCA